GCUACGGGUUGCGACAAACGAUGUUUUCUUUCAAUGAAACUUGGUUUUGAGAAAACCUCUCUCGCUUGUUUGCCUCACUUUGAUACGAAUGCCCCACCGGCUUCCCUUAUGGUCGUUCCGGCAGUUUUCGAAGGUGGAGAAAAUAAGAAUCGGCAGAAAUCAAGCAGAGGAGGCCCUCAUAAUGAUGGUUACGAUGACAAGAAUAAUGAUUAUAUACUGAAAGAUGGCGAAUGUUUUAAUGCUCGGUUAGUUUCAAGUUGA